UUUUAGAAAAAUCCACUAGAGAAUCGGGUUCCUGCACGUUGCGAAGAUUCGAAUGGGCCGCCGCGCGCGGCGGGUGCGAGUCGGUGCGCGCGCAGUCGCCAAGAUGGCGGCCCGCUGGGGCGACCCAUCUUACAUGGAGACGUUCGCUCGCGGUCCGUGGCCUAGCCGCGCAGCGGCGUCGCCUUUGGGAGCCCACCACACCGAAGAGACGGCACGAGUCGGUGCAAGUCGGUGCGAGAACAUGGGCGCGAGUUGAGAGCGCACCGCAACGCGACAUAAAUAUUGGCCCGUAUCGCCCCGUGAUCGGACAACGUGAAAAUGGCGGCGUGAAAUGGCAGGACGACGGUCGGCGUUGACGAGCGCCGAGUCCCUCCCGGGGCCAGGGAGCGCCGAUCCGCUCAGGGAUCUCUUCGAGGCCUGCAAGACCGGAGACCUCGCCAGGGUCAAGAAGCUGGUCACUCCGAAGACGGUCAACGCCCGCGACACGGCCGGACGCAAAUCCACUCCGUUACACUUUGCGGCUGGUUAUGGUAGACGAGAUGUGGUCGAAUUUUUAUUAUCAGCGGGUGCGUCGAUUCAGGCCAGAGAUGACGGGGGUUUGCAUCCACUUCACAAUGCGUGCUCCUUUGGGCAUUCGGAUGUGGUACGACUUCUACUAGAAGCUGGAGCAAACCCUAACACACGUGACAAUUGGAAUUACACUCCGUUACACGAAGCAGCAAUCAAGGGCAAGAUUGACGUGUGCAUCGCUUUGUUGCAACAUGGAGCAGAUGCGAACAUUAGGAAUACGGAAGGGAAGACCGCACUCGAGCUGGCCGACGCGGUUACAAAGCCAGUUCUCACUGGAGAGUACAGAAAGGACGAACUGCUCGAAGCUGCCAGGUCCGGGAACGAGGAACGACUGAUGCAACUGCUCAAUCCUCUGAAUGUCAACUGCCAUGCCAGUGAUGGACGCCGGUCUACUCCACUCCACCUCGCAGCAGGAUACAAUCGGCUGAGGGUUGUUCAAAUUUUAUUGCAAAACGGUGCAGACGUGCACGCAAAAGAUAAAGGAGGUUUGGUUCCGCUGCACAAUGCCUGCUCCUACGGUCACUUCGAAGUAACCGAGGCACUGCUCAAGCAUGGUGCGGCUGUUAAUGCCAGCGAUCUCUGGGCAUUUACUCCACUCCACGAAGCAGCUAGCAAAUCCAGAGCCGAGGUGUGCUCAUUGCUUUUAAGCGAAGGUGCAGACCCUACGCAACUGAACUGCCAUAGUAAGAGUGCCAUUGAUGUAGCCCCAACGCUCGAGCUGCAGGAGCGAUUGGCCUAUGAAUUCAAAGGGCACUGCCUUCUGGACGCCUGCAGGCAGGCUGAUCCAGCGAAGCUGAAGAAAUACCUGUCCCAAGAGGUCGUCAACUUCAAACAUCCGUACACAGGUGACACCCCGCUUCACUGUGCGGUGGCGUCGCCUUAUCCGAAGCGGAAGCAGAUCGUUGAGACCCUCGUCAGGAAGAGCACUGCCUUAAACGAGAAGAAUAAGGACUUUCUUACUCCACUUCAUGUAGCCACCGAUCAUUCUCAUUACGAUGCCAUGGAUGUUUUACUCAGGCACAAUGCCAAAGUCAACGCUUUGGACGGGUUAGGACAGACCGCGUUGCACAGGUGUGCCAGGGAGGACAACGUGCAAGCUUGCAAGAUACUCCUGUCGUACAAUGUGGAUCCUUCCAUAGUGUCGCUGCAAGGCUACACAGCGACUCAAGUAGCUACUGAAAAUGUCCUGAAGAUAUUACUAGAUCCACCGAGUGGGACGGAAGACGCCGAGGCCCAACUCCUGGAGGCGAGCAAGUCCGGCGACUUGUCAGCAGUCGAAAGAAUAUUGCAAGCCAAUCCGCAUGCAGUUAAUUGUAGAGACUUGGAUGGCAGACAUUCGACACCGCUGCACUUUGCUGCUGGGUACAACAGGGUUCCUGUCGUCGAGUACCUUCUGGCCCACGGAGCUGAUGUUCAUGCUAAGGACAAAGGCGGUCUGGUACCUCUGCAUAAUGCUUGCUCCUAUGGUCACUACGAAGUGACCGAGCUGCUGGUCAAGCAUGGUGCAUCGGUGAAUGUUGCUGACUUGUGGAAAUUCACUCCGCUGCAUGAAGCAGCUGCUAAGGGGAAAUGUGAGAUCGUGAGACUCUUGCUGAGGCAUGGGGCUGAUGCUACGAAGAAAAAUAGAGACGGUGCCACUCCGUUGGACCUUGUCAGAGAUGGUGACCAGGAUGUUGCCGAUCUCUUAUGGGGCAACAGUGCUCUCCUGGAUGCUGCGAAGAAGGGCAACCUGGCCAGGGUGCAGAGGCUGGUUACGCAGGAUAACAUCAACUGCAGAGACGCUCAGGGCCGGAACAGCACACCGUUGCAUUUAGCUGCGGGUUACAACAACCUAGAGGUGGCGGAGUUCCUCCUGGAGCGCGGGGCAGACGUCAACGCCCAGGACAAGGGAGGGCUGAUACCCUUACACAACGCCUCCAGCUAUGGACACCUCGACAUUGCCGCAUUGUUGAUCAAGUACAACACGGUGGUCAAUGCCACCGACAAGUGGGGCUUCACGCCUUUGCACGAGGCGGCCCAGAAGGGCCGGACGCAGCUCUGCGCUCUUCUCCUGGCACACGGGGCCGACCCCUUCCUGAAGAACCAGGAAGGCCAGAGCCCCGUCGACCUGGCGAGUGCGGACGACGUCCGGUGUCUUCUUCAAGACGCCAUGGCCUCGCAGCAGGUCGUGCCGUCCGUCCCUCCCAGCAGACCUCCCAGCAUCGUCGCUCUUCCCGUGACGCCGCCUCCUCCACUCACUCAGGAGACUGUAAUAAUGCCAUCCGGAGCAGCGAUGACCCUCUGCGUGCCUCUGGCUCGUCCAACGUCCUGCUUGAGUCCGAUGCCCUCGGUGGAGCUCUGCUCCGAGAGGGAGACCAAGGACAGCGUCUGCGAGGAGCGCUCCGGCACAGGUAUCACGACGGUUGCCGGGUUCCUGCAAAGUCUCGGCCUGGAACAUCUGCUGGAGCUCUUCGAGAGGGAGCAGAUCACCUUGGACAUCCUUGCCGAGAUGGGCCACGAGGACCUGAAGCAGGUCGGGGUCUCUGCGUAUGGCUACAGGCAUAAGCUCAUCAAGGGGAUGGACAAACUUCUCAGCUCCGCUGCAGGACUCAUCUGGCAGCCUUCCAUCAACCCUGGCACGCUUCUCGUCGACCUCCUCGCCGAGGACAAGGAAUUCCUCGCCGUGGAGGAGGAGAUGCAGAGCACCAUCCGGGAACACCGCGAUAAUGGACACUCCGGGGGCAUCUUCUCGCGCUACAACAUCAUCAGGAUACAAAAGGUGCAAAAUCGGAAACUAUGGGAGCGGUACGCUCACAGGAGGCAGGAGGUUGCCGAAGAGGUGGGGGCUGCUCCUGUGUCGCCGAACGCCACUCCUAGAGCUACUCCUGGGACCGCUGCUCCGCAGGCCAACGAGAGGAUGCUCUUCCACGGUAGCUCCUUCAUCAACGCCAUUGUUCAGAAAGGCUUCGAUGAGCGACAUGCCUAUAUCGGCGGCAUGUUCGGAGCGGGCAUCUAUUUCGCCGAGCACAGCAGCAAGAGCAACCAAUACGUAUAUGGGAUAUGCGGUGGAACCGGAUGUCCCGCCCACAAGGACAGGAGUUGUUACAUCUGCCACAGGCACCUGUUGCUGUGCCGCGUCACCCUCGGUAAGUCGUUCCUCCAGUUCUCCGCGAUGAAGAUGGCCCAUGCGCCUCCUGGACACCACAGCGUCAUGGGCAGGCCUUCCCAGGGUGGACUGGCCUUCCCGGAGUACGUCGUAUACAGGGGCGAGCAGGCCUACCCGGAGUAUCUGAUAACGUAUCAGAUAGUGCGACCCCAGCAGGAGAACACCGGCGGCGAGGUCGGCGAGGAUCGGUGAUCGGAAGAGCCCGGAGGACGA